AUGUUUAUGUAUUUAUAUUUGCAGUUAUUUGGGACAUGGAGGAAGUGUCACGCUCAACUCUUUGUAUUAUAGAGUAGGGAUGUCGACAUAUUAUAAGAUUAUUGCAGAAACAUGCAAGAUCAUUGCUACCGUGCUCACACCAAUGUAUGUAAAACUUCCUAACACAGAAGGAUGGUUGUCCAUCGCAAAAGACUUUGAAGAAAAAUGGCAAUUUCCUAACUGCAUUGGAGCACUCGAUGGUAAACACAUGAGGAUCAGGAAACCAGAUCACGGUGGUAGCGUCUUUUUUAAUUAUAAAAGGUUUCAUAGCAUAGUACUCAUGGCUAUAAGUGAUGCUCACUGUAGAUUCGUUUGGUUUUCAGUAGGUGAUGGUGGUUCAUUCAGUGAUGCCAGCGUUUUCAGUGAUUGCAGUUUUAAUGAAAAACUCUCAAAUGAUGAGUUACAUAUACCUGCACCAACACAGUUACCAAGUAGUGAUAGAUUUUCACCAUUUGUAUUUAUCUCUGAUGAAAUAUUUGGACUUGGAAAGAAUUUAAUGAACCCAUAUAAUAGAAAAUUAUUGCGCACUGAAAGAGAAAAAAUAUUUAAUUACAGGCUUAGUCGUGCAAGAUUUACAAUAGAGUGUGCAUUUGGAAUAUUGUGUUCAAAAUGGCAAUUAUUAAACAAUGCUUUACGUUUCAAUCUAAUCACUAGUAGAUAUAUCAUAAGUGCAUGCUUAUGUUUACAUAACUUUCUCAUCACAAGUAAUAGACAAAAUCAACAUAGUAACAAUGGUGGCGAGGUCAGACACAAUUUAGCAGAAUAUUUCUGCAACGAAGGUGCAGUUCCUUGGCAACGAAAUUAUAUUUGAAAAGAUAUUGUAUACAUAUUGUAUAAUAAUAAAGUAAUUUUAUAA